CAAGGGAAAAAAAAAACGUAUUCACCACAAGAGAGGCUGUUCCAAAAUGAAGAUUUUCCUUGUCCUCCUGCUAGGAGCAGUUCUGUGCUUGGACUCAGGUUCUUCUUUGCAGUGUUACAGCUGCACAUGGCAGCUGAGAAACUCCAACUGUCAGAAGAAAGUGGACUGCAAGACUACGGAAAUGUGCAAGACAGAUGUGAUCAAGAUCAUAGGGUUCAUCAAAAUCAUCAACAAGGGCUGCGACUCGUCAUGUAGUGAGUCCUAUCAGGACUUCAGCAGAGGCAGCAGGAAUAUCUCCUGCUGCAGCAGCGACCUCUGCAAUGCCAAUGCAGCAGGCAGUGUGAGGUGCAGCUAUGGGAUGGCAGCAGGGAUAGCAGCCAGCGUGCUCUGGACCUUCCUGAACAUCAGACUGUGAGGACCAAAGAGGAAUUCCAUGACCUCAAAAGUCUUGGAGCACCCCGCCUGUAACAGAAAUUGUAACUGAGAGCAAUGGUGGUUUGUUGGGCACGUCGCAUCCCUGGAGCUGAUGGUAGAUCUUUGCCGUAUGAUAGCUUCUUUAUUACUGUUAUUGUAUUGUUGUAGUGUUACCAGAUAAGAAAACAUGUGUUCAUACUAUCUGCAUAACGCCUAAAAUAUACUUAUUUCUGAAGCAAG